CCCAGCCCCGCCGCCGCCGCCCCCCGGGAACCAUCUCCGUCGGGACCGAGAGCAAUAUAAACACGAUCACGACGGCGGCAUCCAGUGUUGUGCCAGCGGUGCCAGCGAGGAGCAAGGCCAAACCAGGUGCUUCCUGAAAAAUGCCUCCACCGCCGCCGCCUGGACCACCACCUCCCCCGGGGCCGCCACCACCGCCGGCCCUGAAGAUGGGAGGUGGCGGUGCACCGUCGGGCGACGGUCGGAACGCACUGCUCCUGUCGAUUCAAAAAGGUGCCAAACUCAAGAAGACGGUCACAGUCGAUAAAAGUGGCCCGCUCAUCCAGGGCAAGGUAACAUCCGAUGGAGGAGCAACGACCACCACCAGCGCGUCCAGAGCAAACAAUCGGGCCCCCGGGCGACCACCACCACCCGGAGACGACACGACGCCGCCAGCGUUCGGUGGUGCGGCGGGCGCUCAGCAGCCCAAGCUUGGUGGUCUGUUCGAGGGAAUGGCAUCGAUGCCGAAACUGAAGCCAGUCGGUACCAGACCGACGGUUACGACCGCAAACUCAAGCGGCGCGACCGGACAGAACAAAACGCCAUCACCGGAAGCAACGAAGGGUUCGCCGAUCAACAACGGCGGUGGCCGGGUCGGGAACGGCGGUACCGGUACCGGCGGUGGCAUGGUUGCGCUCGACUUUUCCGACGAGCUGGCGCAAAAGUUAACGCUCAAAAAACAGAAACACCAGCAACCUGGCAGCAUCAACAGUAAUAGCCCCGCCAUGAAUCCGCCGCCGGCCGUGCCGAACGAAACGAACCUACGGAUGAACCGGGGACCCCCACCGCAACCACCAACUUCGAUCCCAAGGGCCACCGGAGACAACCAGUCGACGUCCGGGAAACUCCAGUCAUCCUCCAGUCAGAAAAGUAGUCAAGCACCGCCCACACCCAACCACCAGCCGCACGCGAAGCACCAACCACCGGCCGUUGGUGGUAAAGCGUCAACGAAUGGACCACCGAGACCGGUCGGCCCGGCAAUCACCACCGUCAUCGCCACUAGUCCCACACUCAACUCGGCGCCCGUGGCCGGGCUGGUGCCCAACCGAUCGACACUCUUCGGCAACAGCGUCGCCAACGGUAGCGUGCCGUCGGUGGCGGCGAUAGCGACGACGGCGCCGGCGCCGGUACCGCCGAAACCGGUACCAAACUAUGGCAAACCAAAUCUAGCGCCCAAACCGCCGGGCAUGCAAUCGGGCGAUGCUGCGGCCAGGCCAACCGUGAGUCGACACCAGAGCAUGCGGAGUCCAAGGUCUCCGCCUGUGUCGCAAACGGUACCGGCGUUCCCUGCCAACCAUUUCGGAACCAUGCGCGGUCCGCCGUCGUCAUCGGCCAUGUUUCAAUCGUCGGAAUCGAUAGUGCGACCACCACGGGAGGGCCCCGGACGACCAUCAGCACCACCGCCAAAACCACCGACAAUGAAACCUCCGCCACCGCCACCGGUGCGCAGCGUCAGCAACACGAACCUAACGCACCUGCCCCCGACGCUCAGCUUGGCGCCGACGCAAGACAACGGCACCAGCGAACCGGCCUCGUUCGGCUCGGUUAACAACGUGUCGUCGCUGGCGCUGGCCGACGAGCUGCGCGCGAAACUGUCCGCCGGCGUUGGCCAAUCAUCGGCCAACAACCUGUCCGUGUCGAACGCAUCGUCAACCUCCAUCUCCACCGGCAACCUGAGCGUCGUGGGGGGAGGUGGAGGAACUGGGUCACUGACGAAGGGAGCUAGUCUUAAGGCAACGGCUGCACCACCGUUGCCACCGCACCGGACGUGUCCAGCGCCGCCACCUCCAGCACCGCCAGCUGCGGCAGCCGCAGUACUGAACUCCGGUGACGCUCCCGUGCCACCACAGCGCAUAUCUUCGAUUCGCAAUUCCGCCGGAGGUGGUGCCGGUGUCAGCGUAGUGUCGUCGGCGGGUGCACCAAUCAGCAGCAGUAGCAGUAGUCACAACCAGAGUCAUCAUAGUCAAACCCAUACCGGCGGCGGCGGCGGCGGUGGUACCAGUUUGCACCGAAAGGAAUCAACGGCCGCUUCCAUGAGCAGCAGUUCGUCGUCCGUGGCCAGCACAAGCAAGAUGCCGGGGCCCGAGAGCGACCUCGAGGGCAAGUACGCGUUCUACUUCCACAAGGUGACGGAGUUUUCGCAGCCGAUGAUGUUCCUCAACGUGCCGAAAGUCUACCCGAGCGACGUUCGGUUGCAGCAAACGGCCCUGCAACAACAGGCCCAGCCGCAACAUCGCCAGCAGUAGCCGCGGAAACAAGCGAGCAACAUCUCUGGCGCCUGGCGUGUCGUAUGCAAUAAUGCGGGAUCAAACGCGGAACAUGCUUUACCUACCGAAGGAACACCGUCGCCCGCAGGUAAUGACAGUAUUUAAGAGGAAGGUCGUGAAGCGGAGGAAGGCCUGUGCGCGCCUCGCGGAUGACGUGGUGCACACUCACGAUCUUCAUCGAUCAAGCUCAAUUAUACAUCAUCCAGGUGUGCAAGCAAGUUUAAAACGAUCACGCGAGACACAUAAUAUUAACCCAAGACAAGAACCUAAAGUCACCAAACCAUAUCAACACGGAGCACGGAGGACAAACGGAGGCCGUAGUAGUAGCAGAACAAUAGUAGCAGCGGAACUAGGAAAAACUGAAGAUCCCGAACCCUUCAUACCUUCGACGUGAAAGCGAACCAUACAAAGCAUUAAUUGAAGCCAACAAGUGAAGACUAAUCGAGUUAAGAGGGGAAGAAAUGAACAAAAAUAUGCAUUCAAAGCAAUGAGCAAGUUAUAGUGAGAAAACUGUUGCGCUGAUAACCGGAACAGAGAGCGGUUACGAUACGGCGGUAGCGAAAAUCGGCUGAAAUGUGUUAUGUACAUAGUCAAAACCAAUCGGAAACUGUUGAAUUUUAGUUUAUCAUUCGUUUCAAAAACAACACCGUAGAUGGCAGUUUUAAUUUCGCAGUUGUGAAUCGAUCGGAAAAAUGGACGGGAUUCAUCAGUGGGUUUUUACCGGACACUCGGAUCGUAUGCUCCCCCAAACUUAUACCUCCUUAUUUGUAAGAAGAAGCGAAACUUUACUUGGCCACCAAAACCGUGCACGUUUGCGAGCGUGCACGGCGAUCGGGCGAUCGAGUGGCAAUCGCGGGCAGGAUUGAUCGUUUAAUCGACGGAAAGCUGUCGUGUAAGUGUAAGUAAACAGAAGCCAAUUAACAUCAGUUUAUUAAGCGAACAAAAGGACGAGAGAAACGACCGAACGUGGGGCGGGUUAUGUUAAAUGUUAACGAAUGUUGCGCUACCGAUCAAAACGCAUCAAAUAGAUAAUUCUACUUUCGAAGGGAACAAUCAUUGCAAUGAAGGACAAAUAAGAUAGAGAGCGCGUGGCGAGCGAGAGUUGAUAGACGUUUCUGAACGUUGCAUUUUAUCAUUCGAUGGCGCGCAUAUGGGUACACGCCUCGCAUUUCGGAAAGAGGACACACGCACGUAUGUGUAGUUAUGGCGCGCGCGGCGUUCAGUUCGAUCGUUUCUCUUUAUUAAUCCCAACUUGUUAUUUCUCUUCGUUGUACAUAUGGACUUAAACACUAUUUAAUCGUAGGCCGUGGCUCGCGGAGCAAGAGGAGCAGAGGACGGCCACAGUGGCUCUCGAGCAAGCGGCUGCUGCAAGCUGCUGCACAACACAAUAACGAGAGAAGAAUAAUAACAGUAUCAAA